CCAUGCGUGCGCGCGCUCAGAAGUAGGAAAUAUGGCGGCGCUCAUGUCACUGACUCAGAUAUCAAGUGGCAACCCUGUGUAUGAAAGUUUUUACAGACAGGUGGAUCCUGCAAACACAGGAAGGGUCGGAGCAGCUGAAGCAGCUCAGUUUCUGAAGAAGUCGGGUCUGUCGGACAGUACUCUGGGAAAAAUAUGGGACUUAUCAGACCCAGAAAGAAAGGGCUUCCUGGACAAGCGGGGUUUCUUCAUCGCCCUCAGGCUGGUGGCCUCAGCACAGAGUGGUAAUGAUGUCAGCCAGCACAGUUUGAGCCAGACUGUGUCAAUACCUGCACCUAAAUUUAGAGACACAUCCAGUCCAUCUCUAAUAUCGACAGCUUCUAGUGACUCUGGUUGGACAAUAAAGUAUGAUGACAGAGCGAAAUAUGAUGGCAUAUUUGAGAGCCUCCUGCCAGUCAGUGGCCUUCUUUCAGGAGAUAAAGUGAAACCAGUCCUCAUUAAUUCUAACCUGCCCCUAGAUCUCCUUGGGAGGAUUUGGGAUCUUAGUGACAUUGAUCGAGAUGGCCACUUGGAUAAAGAAGAAUUUGCGGUGGCCAUGCAUCUGGUUUAUCGAGCCAGAGAGAAAGAACCCAUUCCCUCCAUGCUUCCCUCCUCCCUCAUCCCUCCAUCUAAACGUAAGAAGAUAGGAGGUGCUCUGCCUGGCUCUGUGCCUGUGCUGCCCUCCAGCCCCUUCCUCAUGAAGGAAAGUCUUCGCUCCACUGUGCCCCUCUCCUCCAAGAGUCCUCUGACCACGGCCUCCGGUCUCUCACCAUCCAACUCCUUCAAGAGCUCUAGCCCCAGUCCCAGCCCUAGCCCAGCACCACUGCAGCUUGCUGUCUCGACGAGCUGGGUGGUGCCUCAGGAGGACAGGGAGCAAUACGAGGAAAUCUUUGAGCUGGCUGACUCUGAUUUUGAUGGCAUGGUGGGAGGAGGGGAGGUUAAGGACAUUUUCAUAAACUCAGGACUGCCACAGAGUGUGCUGGCUCACAUCUGGUCUCUGGCAGACACUAAAUCUGUAGGCAAGCUAACAAAGGAGCAGUUCUGUCUGGCUAUGCAUCUGAUCCAGGAGAAGGUGAAAGGGACUGAUCCUCCUCAGAGUCUGACCCCCGAAAUGAUUCCCCCCUCAGAGAGGGGCUCUGCUGCUUCUGCUGCCUCUAGUACAAUUUCAUCAGACUUCUCAUCCUCAGUGGGAUUUGAUUUGGCUGGACUGUCCAGUGUUUCCAGAACAACUCCAUCAGAAUUUUCAUCCUCAGUGGGAUUUGAUUUAGCUGGACUGUCUGUGUCCAGCAUGUCCAGAGAUAUCAGUAGCAAAGUGACUCCAGUGGAGCUGACGGGAGUUAAAGAGCUGGACGACAUCAGUCAGGAGAUCUCUCUGUUGCAGAGUGAGAAGCGCAGCAUAGAGCAGGAGAUCAGACAAAAGGAGGAUGCUCUUCGGCAGAAGAACAGCGAAAUCCAUAGCAUGCAGGGCGAGCUGGAGCGUGAGAACAGCGGUCUGAACGAGCUGGACCUGCAGAAGCUGAGCGCCCAGGACAAACUGCAGGAGAUGGGGCAGCAGAAGAGCAAGCUGGAGGGCAUGGUGACCGAGGCCAAGAGCAAGUACAGCGAGGAGACCAGCAAGAUCUCCUCUCUGCAGGCGCAGAUCCAGUCUCAGGAGAUGGACCAGCAGGUGCAGGAGAAGGAGAUGAACCGAACCAAAACAGACCUGUACUGUCUGGAGCAGGAGGAAAAACAGCUGGAGGAGAACAUCAGAGCAGGCCAGGCCAAACUAGAGAGCAUCCUCAAGCUGCUGAAGACCUCACAGAAUGAGAUGGAUGAUACUCAGAGUGAGCUCUCGCAGAUCCAGGACAGCCAGAAGGAGCUGAAUAAAUUCAUCGACCGCGUCAACAAAGUUCUUAACAGCAACUCGAGCAACCUGGCUGAGAUUGACCAGCUGCUUGCUGAAGAGAGCUCUACACCCAGUGCCACUGUGGAGGACUCCUUCAGGUCGAGGCUGGCGGUGUUUAAUACGAACGCCACUCAGGCCCACAGCGCGGACCCCUUCCAGACCGAGGAUCCCUUCAAAAGUGACCCGUUCAAUAAAGCUGAUCCGUUUGGUGGAGAUCCCUUCAAACAGAGCGAUCCUUUUAAAGACCCCUUCAGCAGCUCCGAUCCCUUCUCUAAGACCAGCCCUUUUGGCAGACAGGGGAGUUUCGCAUCAAGCAGUUCUCCAAGGUUUAAAGACUCAGAUCCCUUCGCUACAACGGACCCUUUUGGCGGCGACUCUUUUGGCGGGAGCGGUGGGUUUGCAAACUUUGGAAAUAUGUCAAAGGAGCCCAGCCCUGGACGUCCUAUAGGCAGAAAACCCACGUACCCGCUGCCACCUCCUAAAAAGCCUGUAGUCUUGAGACCGGCUCCUCCACCUUAUGGCUCGAGUUCAGCAGGAGCUCCUGCAGGGCUUCCUUCUCGUAGCCAGGCUCUCGGUGCUCCUCACGUUCGAAAGCCGCACGACGUAUCUCUCUCCUCGUCCCUGUCCAAUAGAUCUGCUGUAAACGCCCCCUCUGCGUUUGCAGACUUUAGAGCUCUCGGAAGUGAGGUAGAGCAGCUGGAGUGGGCCAAACGAGAAAGCAAGAGGGAGGAGGAGGAGCGUCGGAGGAGGCUCCGCCUCCAGGAGCAGCAGGACCUGGAGCUGGCUCUCGCUCUCAGCAGGGCUGACAUGUCUAGAACGUGAGACGGGUCUUCAAAAGCUGCCUUCUUCACUUCCCGACUGCCCGACACUGCAAGAAGAAAACCAAAACCAACAUGUAUGUAGAUACAGUACCCGUCAAAAGUUUGGACCCUAUUUUUAUUAGUGGAUUAAUAUUGAAGACACUGAACUAUGAUUAAACUUAUAUUUUCAGAAAUUCCCUCUGGGAUUAAUAAAGUAUCUAUCUAUCUAUCAAUUUAUCUACAGUUUAGAAUUAUGUACUAAACAAAAAAGUAUUUGGCCUCAACUAUCUAAAAACAGAUGGUUUGGGUUGAUUUGGGAUCCAAAUCCGGUCUUUUACAUAAAAUGUGAACACAGUAUGUCAUUUGUGUCGUAGUGUGAACAGCAAAAAAUGCACUGAAUUAUUAAAACCACUUCUUAUACAAAAUUGUGAUUUUGAAACCCAAUACAUAUCUAAUGUGCAAUAAUUCUACUCUUUCUGAAUGGCCAGAUUGGAAUUCAUGCGGCACUCAGUGAGUAGAUGGCAAAAUGACCAUGAUUUAAUGAUUAAUAAUAAUAAUUAAUCAUAUUAGAAGGCUUGUGUCACAGUCAUGCUGUGCUUCUAAUAAAUUAUUUUAAUCUGAACGUAGCUACAGAUCAUGGCUGCAGCUUCAAAGUGAAAAAAAUAAACUAAAAACCUGUCUGUGUCCAAAUAAUGUGUCCUUUUUACAGCUCAAGUGAAUUUUCAGUGAUAAAUCCAGGAUGAAACUGAAACUUCAUGUGAAGCAAAUGUCAAAAAUGGGUCACAUUAAAAAGAUUGCCAAAAAUAAGCAUCAGAUUUGUUCCGAAAAUCUGAUUUGGGCCUUAGAAUUCAAAGUAUAAUACACAUUCUAAUUUGUUAAAGACAUUUUUGUUGCUGCCUAAUUCCAUAUGUGCUCUUUCAUAGUUUUUAGUCUUCAAUAUUAAUCUACAAUAUAGAAAAUAAUACAAAACAAAGACUUAAAUUAUUGAAUGGGAAGGGAUGUGUCCAAACUUUUGACUGGUACUUAGUGUAUGCCUCCAGAGAUCAACAUGGGUCUACUGAAUGGACCCACUGCUAUUCUUAGUGUUCAACAUUCCCAAGAGCUCAGAGUCUCCUACUUUACCUAGUCUGCUGCUAAACAAACACAUGACCCUGUCCUACACAAACACAGACCCAGUCAAGCCAUUCAGACAACCUUGAUAUAUUUGUAAGAGUAGGACCACACAGCAUGGAUGUAAUUCUAAUUUAUUUAUUGCGGUUAUAUUGCUAUAUAUAUAUAUUGCACUUUCUAUAUAACUUAGGCAGAAGUAUAUAGUUGGCCUUUUUAAUUGAUUGCCUUUUGAAAAAAAUGUUUGCAUUGAUUCAUCAGAACAAUCACAGAAAUUUCAUCUACAGCUAAAUCAGAGAGGAUAAGUCAGGUCAGAUUGUGACAGCACAAACUUAAACAUCUAGUGAACAAGCAUUUAGUGACUAAAGCCCUUUUCAGAUGUGAUUUGUUUUACACUGGGAGGUGGGGAAAAAAUAUUGAUUAAAAAGAUUUUUUAAUUAUUAUUUUGUAGAUUAUUUUUUUUUAAAUGUCCUGCUCUCACCCAAAUAAGUAAAGAUUAUGGCGCUGUUUUUCUUCUACGAAUGUGCUCUAAAAAUACCUUCAGGUCAUAUUAAUCUUAUGUAAAUCGGCAUUUAAAGGUAAAUAUUCCAUCAAAUAGUGUGGAAAAGGAGUUUUUACAGCUUUGCUCAAGUAUGGAGGCGCUUUAGGAGGCGAUUAGCUUCAUUUUGCAUUUUUUACAUUUAGAGUUGAAGACAGUACAUAAAUGGAGUAGUUACUCCCAUCUCAUUCACUUCUAUAGAAAUUUCUCCUCCUGUACUAAUCAGUCAUAAAUUCUAUUGACGUUCUUUAGUAAAAUUACAUAACCCACCCCCUUAGAUGAAACUAAUCCCAUUUUAAUUGAUUUUAGCUCAGUUAGAAUGCAGCAUGUCCUUCAUUUAUAUGUCCUGCUCUCUCCCACAUUAGUAAAGAUUACGCCGCUGUUUUUCGUCUUUAAAAUUAGCUUUAACAAUACCUUCAGAUCAAAUUAAUCCCAUGUAAAUCGACAUGUAAAGAUAAAUAUUCCAUCAAAUAGUGUAGAAAACGAGUUGUCACAGCUUUUCUCAAGUAUGGAGGCGCUUUAGGAGGCGUUUAGCUUCAUUUUGCAUGGCACAAAUAUCACAGGCGUAUUAAUAUUUUAUCACAUUGUUUUGGAGUUGAAGACCGUACAUAAAUCGAGUAGUUACUCCCAUCUCAUUCACUUCUAUAGAAAUUUCUCAUCCUGUACUAACCAGUCAAAAAGAUACUGGUGUUCUUUAGUAAAAUUGCAUUACCAUGCAUCCCCAGAUAAAACUAAUCCCAUUUUCAAUGAUUUUAGCUCAGUUCGAAUUCGGCAAGUCCUUAAUUUCCUAAAUUUCCUUCGGAUAAAUAAAGUAUCUAUCUGUCUAUUUAUAUGUCCUGCUCUCUCCCACAUAAGUAAAGAUUACGCCGCUGUUUUUCAUCUUUAAAAUUUACUUUAACAAUACCUUUAUCUCAUAUUAAUCUUGUGUAAAUCGACAAUUAAAGAUAAUUAUUUCAUCAACUAGUGUGGAAAAUUAGUUUUGUCUCUUAGGUGUUCUAGGAGACAUUUAGCUAUAUUUUGCAUGGCACAGAUAUCACAGGCUUAUGUCAUUGUGUAGCAUAGCCUAUAGCCUUCAUAUAUGUAACAAACAUUUAGCUGCUAAUUUUGUUCAACUUAAAUUUCAUUAUUACUUAAGCCUGUCGUGAUGACACAUUUAUUUGGAACAUAAUACAGUCUCAGAAAAAAUAUCAUUGCCAUUAUAUGAUCAUUUUAUGCCACAUAUAAAGGGUAAUAUUAUAGAAUAAUAAUGCAAUUACAUACUUUUAAAGAGCUAUAAACGUAAGAAUGUUUAGAUAUGCUGCACAAAUAACACAAACUACAAAAACAAUACAGACUCACGCAUAUACGCAAAUGAGAUCUUUUUUCUAAGUGAACACAAUUACGUUUCUAACCUCAUACUUUAUUGAUAAGUCGAUAAUAUAAUUAUUACUGUAGGUGGGUAAUAAGAUGAUCACGUUUUGUGCUUAAAAUACAUUUUAUCACGUUGUUUUGCAGUUGAAAACGAGUAAAUCGAGUAGUUACUCCCACCUCGUACAAAUGUGUUGUCCUGUACGAAUCGGACGUAAAUUGGAAUUUUUUUUUUUUUUUUUAGUAAAAUUACAUUACCCCGCCUCCUCAGGUAAAACUAAUCCUGUUUGAACAGGGCUUUAGUGAACUUUAGUGAAUAUUUGCAGCAGGCCUAGUAUGGAAAAAGCCAUAGUUAACAUCCAAGUGCCUUCACAGAAUGAUCUGCAGUGUGCCUUCAUUUAAAUUCCAGAUAAUAGGAACCUAUACUUGCCUUUAUAUUGUAAACACUGUGCUGCAAGGAGGCAGGUUCAGAGCUUCAUCUGUAGCAGGCUCCACCCACAAAGAAGGAGAGAGAAAGAGAGAUAGAGAGAGAGAGAGAAAGAGAGAGAGAUAUUGCAGGAAUAGCAAACCACACGUGCAUCAGCUUCUGUAGCAGAUACUUAUCUAAUGUGUUUUACAAAGGUUUUGCACAGCUUUUGUGAUACCUCUGCUAAAUAUAGCUUUCCACUCCAAGACCCAAGUGCUAUACACUGAAUAUCUCCGCUUGUGUGGCCUUUUUCUAUACUCCAUUCUCUUCACGCUCCUCAAAAACUGUAUAAAACCCUGAGUUCAGUGAGGAUAGUGUGUUUAUAGAAGAUAAAUGAAGGUCUAUAAAUGCACUAAAACCAAAUAUCUUUGUCCCGUUGUUCCAUAAUAUAACUUACAAUGCUCAUUGCAUUAGUUUGAGGAGAAUUUGAUUUGAUUUGAUUGAAGGAUCCCGCUUCAUAUUACACAGAGAUCAUUCAACUUAGUGUUUCCACAUAAAACAGCAUGGCUAAUACUCAGUUCCAGCCAAGUGUUCCGCCUUAAUUGUUCAGCUCCAACCAAAGAAUGUGGUAAACACUCCUACUGUAAGUUAACAAGAGACGAAAAGUACUGUAAGCCCAUGUAGACUGUGUGUAUGUAUAUAUAGUGUCAUUUUGUGGUUUCCUAUUAGCAUCCAGUUGUCAGAUUCACAAAAGACAGCUAAAGAAAAACAUACGGGGGCUCCGAGUGGUCCAGCGGGCUAAGCACCGCCACUGUGAUCAGGAGAUCGUCAGUUCGAAUCCUGUUCAUGUAGUUUGCCACCAGCUACCGGAGCCCUGAGAGAGCACAAUUGCACCUUUCUCUCUCUCUCUGGGUGGGUAGAUGGCGCUCUCUCCCCACAUCACUAAUCCAAAGGGUGAUGUCGAUCAGCACAAGGCUGCAUCUAUGGCUAUGUAAAUUGGGGAGAAAAUGGGAUAAAAAUUUAAAAUAAAAUAAAAAAAAGGGAAAAACAUAAGAAGGAUAAACUUUCAGGAUAAAACUUAAUGUUCGUAAAUGCAGUUAUCAACAAAAUAUAUAGUAGCUGUGACUGAAAUGGAUUCCUCCUACUCCCUCGUUAGUAUUGUGCUAUAUAGGGUGAGACUAAACAUAAGCACACAAGUGAUUGGCUGAAUUGUGUUUAAAGUUUAAAGUCAUUUUCGUGUACUCACGCAUGCUGCGUUCCAAAGUUAAGUCUGCAUAGGCAUUCUAGAUAGGCUGCUAUGUUAUUUGUAGGCUGUUUCAAAGUGAAGGAUCAUUCAUAUAAAUCCAAGAAAUACAGCUGAUAUUUGGUGCGAUUUGAGGGACGCGACUGAUGUAUCCUUCCAAUUACGCACAAUUCACAGUGCACAUCCAAAGUGAGGGAAGCAAGGUUCAUUUUAAAAUUUUGAAAAUGUUUUAUAUAUUAUUUCUGUGAAGAAACUGAAAAAACUGUCCUACUUUUACUGUCACCUAGACUUUGGAACACAGCUUUCAAGCUAUCAAGACUCGUAAUUGUCACUGGCAUAUAAGAGUAGACAUAAAGUCUCCAGUUCAUAUUUUGUGGAACUCAUGUAGUAAGUUUUACUGUGUUCUAUAAAUGUAUGUGUUCAUUGUGAAAAUUUAUAUUGUGCUCAAAAUCACAUUUGAAUUUCAUUUUAUGAACAUGAUAUGAGUUUUCACAUUAACAAGCUGUGAUAACAUUGUGAAUAACAUCAAGCUCAAACUGCAUUACCCUUGACGAGCAACAGAGGGAGCUGUUGAUGCUGCAAAAUGGGAUUGUGUGACAUACUGAGGCUGGAUGUAGAGCGAGGCAGAGUAAAGCAGAGAGAGUGAGAGAUCCACAGUGAAUUCACACAGCAAAUUACUACUUCCAACAUUGUGAUUACACAUCUUAAGUUUUUGCCCAUAUCAUAAACUCCUGAAAAAAAGGAUCCAUUUCAGUCACAGCCAUUGAUUACAUCCUCACGGGUUUGUCUGUUAGAUACCAAAUACCGGUAACCAUAGUGCUCCCAACCCCGAUGCUAAACCCAAAUGCUCAUUUUUAAACCUCAGUAACCUCUUAUAUUCAAUAACUUUUUGUUUUAACGAACGCAAUAGCAGCUUAUUUGCAUGCAGCAUUUUCUUUUUUUAAUCACUGCCUAAUCCUAAGCUGUACAUAUGAAGAAGUUACAGCGCAACAUAAAUGCAUGUUAUUAUUAUUUAGAGCAAAAUAAAUAAAUCUUUAUGAUAUAAAAAUGUAUAGGGAGCCCAUGCACUCGCAUGUUUGUGUUUUCCCAGCUCAGGUGGACCCGACUCCGAAGUGAAGGACUUUAUUAGGACUUAUAAUGCAAGGAAUUAAAGUAAGUGUGCUACAGUGUGCAGGGAGACUGUUAAUAUGCAGUAACAUAUAUAUAUACAGAUCAGCCAUUUGUAGUCCUUUAUCUGUUUCUCUGCUUUCUCUGUUAACUUCUUUUCACCCUUUAGUUAUUCAGUGUUCGGGACCCCACAGGACCACUGAAGAAACGCUAUAGUUUGGAUGGUGGGUCAUUGAUUCUCAGCACUGCAGUGACUGCACUAGAUUAUGCGCUGGGUGUUAAUAGUGUGUGUUGUGCUGGUUUUAUGAGUGGAUGAGACACAGCAGUGCUGCUGGAGUUUUUAAACACCUUAGAUUCAAUGUCUUAAUGUCACUGCUGAACUGGGAAUAGUCCUUUGAGUGGCAUCCACUAGUGCCAUCAAAAUUUUACAUUGAAAUGCUCUGCGAUUUAUAUUGCGAUAUUAAACAAUGCAGGGCCCAUGAUGUCACCAGCCCCGCCCCCAACCAGGCGCUGUCUCGCGUCCAGACCAAUCAAGAGCUGAUUUAGCGCCAAGCACUCAAAACCUGAGGAAAACAGCAAAACAACAGUAAUAAACCCUUUAAUCAGGCAUUUUAAUGGCUUUUUAAAAGGUUAAUAGAGAUUUAUUCUGGGAUUAAAAGUGUGAAUUCAGCUGUAACUGGAAAUAUCAUCGCUGCAAAACUGUGCUGGACUGAGGUGCACAGCUUUUGACACGUGCGUUUACAAGCCAACCUCGCGCUUCUCAGGCAGCAGCAGCCUGUCCCUCACACAGACACAGAGACAGUGCUGUGUGUCUACUGUACUUCUUAUGUCAAGAAUCAAAACAUUGCAACAUGAUGUGUUUAGUUUAAUUGCCUUUUUAAGUGACAUCACACGUCUCGAUCACAAUGCUUAAACCAUAUAUCGUACAGCCAUAGAACAGUGUUUAAAAACUCCAGCAGCACUGCUGUACCUGAUCCACUCACUGUAUCAACACAACACACACUACUAACACCUCAUACACCACCACCAUGUCAGUGUAGUCACUUCAGAGCUGAGAAUCAGUGACCCACCACCCAAAGAAUAAUAGCUGCUCUGUGGUGGUCUAUCAUGGGUGGUCCUGACCAUAAAAGAACAGCUUGAAAGGGAAGCAGAUACAGAACUACAGUCUUUAAUUAUAGAACUACAAAGUGCUUCUAUAUAGAAACAAGAAUAUGGUGUUAAUAUUAUGGCUGAUUGGUGCAUCAUAUCCUAAUAAACCAAUAACUGUGCUUUAGCUUAGUGUAAAUGUAUGAUUUGUAAAUGAAUGAUGGUAAAUGAAGGCUUCUGUGGUAAGUUAGCAUGAUCUGAUUUGUAGCAUAUUCAGGUUGCUAGCUUGGAUAAAAAUGGUUUCCUUUAAAAAUCCCAGUGCUUCUACUGUAAUCUCUCAGAGUAGUGUUAAGAGUUGAAGUUUGGAGAAUAAUUGAACAAUACCCAAGUUAAUAUUUGUACGCAUUCCCAAAUACAAUACAUUUAUGUGAUUGUUUUUGCUUUUUUUUUGGAACCUGAGCUUUUCGCUAACGGUAAAACACUGUGUUAAAUGAAAUGAACUGCAAAAUGAUUGAACUUGAAAAAGUACAGAUGGUUGAUUUUAUGUUUUUGUUUUAUUUGGUUUUAGGAUGUACUUUUGUGGCCUUAUACUGUAUAUGUUGUUACAUUUUUAUGUUUUACUUUAUUUAUUGCACUCCUUAUGUACAACACUACUUCCUGCUACUCGCAGAAUAUAUCUAUAUUGCAGACAAAUGCUUAUUUAUACUUUUGUGAAGGUGUAGAAUUUCCCAUAUUUCCGCAUUACAAAUAAUGGAUUGGUGAAUUGUAUUUGCUUAGCUCUGACAUUAAACUUCUUUAUAAAUUAAA